CGAGAACCAGCACCCGACGAAAGUGAGUGCCAUGACGACGAUCUUUCGACGUGGAUCGUCCUAUAAAGCACCGCCCGCCGAAGACGACACCUCCGAUGCUUCUUCGCAGGCAGCCAAGGCUAUCUCCAAGGGCAAAGGGUCAAAGCAGGCCAAGAAGGGCCUGUCAAAAGCGGACUCUCCGGCUAAUGCGAAGCCAGAGAGUCCAGCCCGUCAUGGCGUUCAAUCGAACCCGACCACGAUUGAACCUUCAGCAUUGCCAGAAGCCGUUGGAUCUCGAGUCGAUGGAAAGUCACUGGUACUGUUCAAGAAAUGCAUAGUCCCUGCGCCACGACCUUCCAAUCCAGACACCGCUUCAACCAGGGCGUCGCCAGAUCCACAGAACGCAACACAUAGUGACGGCAUCUCAACACCCGUCACAAGAAAACCUACGACAUCGAAGCCAUCCAAGGCGUCCAAGUCGAGUACUGUCCCCAGCAAAGCGGCUCGUGCUGGCCACAAGAGCAAGGCGUCGACGAAGAAAGCGACGUCAACAUCUAAAAAACUCGACGCCGCGGGCAUGAAAGCCCUAGUCACGCUACGCAUGCGUGCGACGAUCGCGUUCGUCCGGUUCCUUCGAAAGGCUGGCGUCGAGUCUGGCCAUGUGCCGUCGUUGGUCGCUCGCUUCUACGACGCGCAUCCCGGUUUCAAAGGCAGCAACCUGAAUGGCGAUCGGCUGCAGCGAUACUCCAAGGGCCUCGUGACUGUCGACGCGUCCAACACCAACAUGCUUACCGUCCACCCCCUGGACAACCUUCCGCAUGGCACGUUCCGCGUCGACGACGUCCGGGAAGUCGACUUUGCCUUUACAUUUGCGUUUUGUGUGCGCUUUUGCGACUUUUUCAUGUCAAAGUACCCGACGGGGUGCUCUUUUUACACGGCGACCAAGGGAUUUUGUGCGCAAUACGGUGUCGCGUGGAACGGGUCGCCCAUCCUGAAGCCCAUGCUCGAGUUCUACUGCCAUCAUGUGCUCAAUUUUGACACUGCCAACAAGGUGACGGUCAGAAUAGACGCCGCCCGCCACGUCACUCGGCUUGUGUCGCUGCUGUUUCUCGUGUGGGUGCAAAAACACUACGCCGCCACCAAGGACGCGCCGUGGAUCGAAGCGUGCAAUCGGUUCCGACGCCAGUUUCACUUGGAGCGCCAAAAGAUGAACCAUUACGACGUCCUGGGGUGUCCGUGGAUGCACCAUGUCGUCAUGGACAAGUCCAAACCCGUGUGGCGCGUCCAUUGGGCGACGUCCGCCCCAGCGCCCCCCCCCAGCUUGCUCAACCUGUUUGUGCAGCACAUGCACGUGACUUCCGAGGUACAGGUCCCGCUGUUUGAAGACAUGUCGAUGUGGUUCUCGCGUGAAGUGUCCGACACCGACGACCGCCCCCAUGCCGCCACCGCUCGGGUUGUCGGCGGAUCUGUUGCCCCCCGUGAGGAUACCAAGGACAAUAAUGACGAGGAUACCCCACAGAUCUCGCCACGAACCAAACGUAGCAGCGGCGCCGUCCGUCCGGACGCGUCCAAGCGACGGCGCGGGGACCCACUUGGCGUCAUCGUGGAUGCCAAGCACGACUUGUUCCAGCAAGUGGCGUACAGUAACGUCGUCGGCCACUCGGUCGAGAUUUAACGGAAGAGAUUUAAGUUUUGAAUUACUUUGCCCCCAAGCCAAUCGUG